CAACCACAUGUGCACCUUAUGUACCUUGUGCUUAUGCAAAACAACCUGGAAUACUACAUACUUUAACCUAGUAGGUAACUACCAUAUAUUGCUAGCCAUAUGUGGGUUUUGUGUAGGUAUUUUAUGUAUCAACACUAUUUCAUGUGUGUACACAUAUGGAGUCCCGCCUUCCUGCUUCCAAUACAUUGACGUACACACAGGGCGAACCUCGUUACAGACAUUCUGGUUCCCCAGUCAUAGUGCCAGUCCCGGUGCAUGUAUGAGCUGUUCCAUUCCCGUUCCCACCCAGUCUAGAUAAUAGUCUGGCCCAGGCAGCCACUUCGAUCAAGCAACCCGCCAGGUUAGGUAUGCAGUCAUUUGAUUCUCCGAUUAAGAAGGUAAUCAUUAAAUUAAUGGAGAUAUCCGGGUGGUGUGUGUGCGAGAUCGACGGGUCAAUGUAACCGAUGUUUCUGGACCCAGGGAGCCAAUGAGCAUUUUCGUAAAAUCUACAACGAAGUGCUUGCAUACCCUACGUUACGUACAUGGCUACCUACCUACCUACUGUUCAUGUAUAUUAGUUUGGACCUAUACCGUCACUUGAUCCUCCAACAGCCAUAAUCAGGUUUAUCAUUCGAAUGUCCGGAGCGACCGGACAGUGAAAGAUAAAAAGUAACCGUUUGCUCCCUGAGUCGUCUACCUAUGUUGCCUAUGCCAAUAGGUAGCAUACAUCCACCAUCACAAUGAACCUUUCAUCGGGCAUCCGCACCGCAGCAGCAGCCUUCGUACCGUCGUCACCGCCACCGUCCCCGCCCCCGCCGCACACGCUUCUAGCACUCGCAGCGUCGAUGCCAUGGGCACGGCUCCUCCUCCCGGUAUUACUGCUAUACAUCGUGCUAUGCCGGACCCUACGUCACCGCCGGGAGAAGGCGCUGCGCGAGAAGCUCGGGUUCCCGGACCGGGCGUCGCUCGCGCGCAUGACGACGGUCGAGGCCCAGCAGAUCAUCCACUUCAUGUCGUCGUGGGAGAUGCCGCUGUUCCAGUUCUUGGCCCUGCAGUUUGGCCUGUUCAAGACGUACGGUAUUGAGAGUAUUAGCCGCCUGCUCCUAGCUACGGGAAACCUGACGGACCCUGAAAGAAGUCCGAAGAGAUUCGAAGACACAGCCGUCCUAAUCGGCGAAUUCCUUGUCAGCCCGCCGACCACCGAGCGUGCCAUGCGAGGCAUCGCCCGCAUGAACUUCCUGCACAGCAAGUACGUCGCCGCGGGCACCAUUACCAACGCCGACCUGCUGUACACGCUGUCGGUCUUCAUCACGGAGCCACCGCGCUUCGCCCGCCUCUACGACUGGCGCCCCCUGAACGCCAUGGAGCGCUGCGCCUACGGCGUCUUCUGGAAGUCCAUCGGCGAUGCCAUGGGCAUCGAGUACAAGGGCUAUCUCGAGCACGCUCCCGCGUGGCGCGACGGCCUCGAGUUCGCGGAGGAUAUCGAGGCCUGGGCGAAGUCUUACGAGAUCCAGGCUAUGAAGCCGAGUACGGUGUGCGCGAAGCCGGCGAGGGCGCUGAUCCCGAUGAUCACGUACUGGGUGCCGUGGUUCGCGAAGGGGUUCGUUACGGAGGUCGUGGUUGCGCUGCUGGAUGAUAGGGCGAGGGAGGCUUUUAUGCUGCCCGUCCCCGGCAUCACCGCCAUAGCCACAACAUACACCCUCCUCGUGCUCCGGCGCUUCGUCGUGCAGCACCUCACGCUCCCGCGCUUCUUCGAGUUCAAGCGGCAGCAGGAGCCGGACCCGCAGACGGGGCGGGCCACGCAGCGCAUCCAGUACGGCAACUACCCCUUCUACAUGAAGCCGACGUUCUGGAACCGCUGGGGGCCCGGGGCGUGGGUGGUCAGGGCGCUGGGCGGAAAGCUGCCCGGCGAUGACCCGGACGUCUACAUGCCCGAGGGUUACCUGGUGACGGAUCUGGGCCCGAAGAAUAGGGUGGGGCUGGGCGCGGAGGAGAUGGAGGUCGAUGUUAAGAAGAUUAAGGCGAGUAGGUGGGGUGGGUGUCCCUUUUAGUUGCCUAGGUACUAGGCUAGGUAGGUGUGCAUUACAGAUGAUGUAGUGUGUCCUGCACGUUGUAGGAAAUACAUAUCUGCCUAACCUAGGAGGUUAUUGUAGGUGCACUUAGAUUUCAGGGGCGGGAAGUUGAAAUCAAGGUAUUUGCAGUAGGUAGUACACGAAGUAGAAUCACACCUGUCUUCGCCUCCAAUCCCAUAAUACUUAUGUAACUUCUUCUCGUUCAAUUGAUAGGCAGGUGACAACUCG